GGGAAGAGAAUUCUAAGAUGGCGAACGCGUCACGCCGAGAAGAAUUGCAAUUUAAGGUAUCCGUCUUAAAUCGUCUUUUAAAUGCUUUACAAAAGUGUGGUGGGAAUUGGUCACGAAUCAUAUGGGUUUGUUCUUUCUGAUAGUUUUUCUCGUGAUGAGGGGCGCUCAUACAUAUUUAUUAGCUAGAAGAAUAGUUUCUAUGCCCGCGCUAGCGGGGGUUUUCACGUUUAGAAAGUGAACUAAGGAAUAAAAUUUGAGGCUUUGAGAUUAAAGAGUGACUGGACGUUACCUAAUCGAUACAGUAACCAGCGUGUCUGGUAAGUUGAAGUUCAAUAAUUUUGAAGAGCAAGGAAAACUUCUUUGGGCGGACACCAAUUUUGUUUAGCUUGCUGUUCUGUGGUGGUGCAAUAACCAUGCACUUCAAGUUAUCCAUUUAUCAAACUGUUACUAUACACUCAAAUGGCGGCUUCUUUAGAACGAGAAAUUUCAGGGAAUUAAAUUGUAAGUGUCUGCAAAGUAAAAAAAAUUACUUGAUAAUCUUUUUGUAGUAAACUGUUCCAUCAUUCAAGGGAAUUGGGUUAUGUUAGAUAUCUUGCACAGUCAUGUAAUUUUCCACCCUUAAGUAGAUACACUCAUGGUACAGGAAGGUGAGAGGAAUAACUCUGGAAUAUUAGGCUUGAGGUCAUGAAGUAGGGUUUUUAAUAGUGGAGGGAACAGAGGUUUGUUAUUCUUUUAGAUUCAUUCUUAGAAAUAAACUGUAAAAAUCAGUUAGAUGAUUGAGCUUUCUUUGAGGUAAAAAGGUUAAGUACUACUUUAUAUCUCCACAAGUGCAGAUUGUGGAUGAAACACAACUCUUCAAAAUUAAAAUUCUUUUAAUUGCAACUUUUGAUGGGUAAUGAAUUUUUCAUUAAUUUCAUUAUUUAGUGAGUUAUUUUUUUUUGCUGAUAUGUUAAAAUUUGUCAUUACAGACCACGCCAUUAGAAGAUGACUACACUGUUGACUGGAGCAAGAGGCUUGGUUCAGGAAUCAGUGGGCCAGUUAGGUGAGUGUUGAGUAAAAUAUUUAAGAAUAAUAAAAAAUGAGCAAAGAUGAUAUUUUACCAGUCAAGAGGUCCAAUCAAGUAAAAUUUGGUGGUAGUAGCACUUGGGAAGUACAGUUGAACUUGUAUUUAGCAGCACUGUAUUAAAUAGUGACCCUGUAUAACUUGGUGGGUGUUCAAAGUCUUGAAAUUUUUACCCCCAAAUGACAGUAAUUUCACCUCUUUUAAGAGUUCAUCUCCAUUAAGCAGUCAUGGUCAUUCUUUACUGAGUCCCAAAGGCCUGUUUGUAUUGUCCUCUACCUGUGUUGAAGAGUCUCUUAACACAGGACCACUCAAAUAAAACAAAGUAUAAUCUCACAUGUAAAAUUUCAUCCAUAUUUUCCUUUAAAAAUCAAUGUUGGUAGUAUUUUCAACUGAAGAAAUGUAAAAUGGUUUCCAUGCUUACAUCAUGCUAUGUAAACAUGGAAACCAUUUUACAUUUCUUUUAUAAAAUAACUAAUGAAAGAGGAACGAAAACCGUGUUUACAUACGCUCAUGUAAAAUGGUUUUAUGGCCAACUAGAGCACGUGUACUAUUUGAAUUAUUUUAUAAAAUAUAUUAUACAUUAAUGGUCAAUUAAAGCACAGAAUGACGUUUUUUUUUAUCAUGUUCUUUGUAAUACCUCUUGUCUGUGGAACUUAUAUUAAGCACUCAACCUAUAUUAAGCAAUCACUAUGCCAUUCCUUGUGGGUGACGGCUAUAGUUGUAUCACUACUCACCUUGUAAGAGAUGCCUGUAAUUUUGGGACUACACCCCCAGUAAUUGGUCAGGUUUCCCUGAGAGGAACCCUUCUAUACUCCUGGGUGAAGAGAGGCACUAUGAAAUUAGGUGUUUGUCAAAAUGUGUUUAACACAGAGACCAAACAGGGCCUUGAACAUGGACAUUUAAAUCAAUGGAUAAGUCUAGCAUGAUGAACUUCAGGUAGCCACUUGUGCUGUAGGAUAACAAAUGAGGCACUUGAAUUUACUUGGGAGUUCUAUUUAUGAUUGGUACUCUUUGUAGUUGUAUUUAACCCUUUAACUCCCAGAUCAAAUUUGUAGUUCUCCUUACUGUCAACUAUACAAUUCUUAUACUGUUAUUUCAGAGAAUUUAGUAUUGAAUCAACUAAUUAUCCCCAAAUUGAUAUUUUUCUUUAUUCUCAUCACUUAUUUGGUUGAUAUUGUAUUGAUAUUGUAAGGAGAAAUUCUGUCUUGGUCACUCAUGGGAGUUAAAGAGUUAAACCAGCCCCUUGUUCUGUUUGAAUUUAUCUUCGUUUGUGGCCAGAUUAGAAUUCUGGUUUGCAUUUUAAAUGAAGACAGUUAUUUGUUACAGUUCCUCUUUCUACAGUGAAAUAAGACCAUGUUAGAUGUAAUAAGAUAGCAAAUUAAGAUACAUUAUUAUUUUUAUUCCUCCAGGUUGUGCACACAUAACAAAACUGGAAAACGAUUUGCCUUAAAAUGUCUCAUGGAUUCUAAAAAAGCUAGAACAGAGGUAAUUUCCAUUUUGUCUUCUGCUUUAUGCAGGUCAAGCAUUCAAUACUGGUUUAUAAAAAUUGAUAACUGAUUGCUCUGUUAGGCUAGGGAAUGGGUGAACAUGCUUCAGGGUUAAUGAAUGUUAAAGUUGUCAGUUGAUCUUUAUCAAACUGUAGAAGAAUGGUGCAAGCACAAGUGGAAUACUUAAUCACUUACUGACUGCAUGGAAACGGUGAUUAGGAGAAAUAAGCUAUUCAAGACCCUGCCAGUCACCUUUAACCCUUUAAUUCCCAAGAUCUCAUUAGUAAUUCUCCUUACUGUCUGCCAAAUGAUUCUCAUUAUGUUAGUUUGGAGAAUUUGGUAUAGGAUCAAUUAAUAAUCCCAUAAUUGAUAUUUUUCUUUAUUCUUAUCACUUGUCUAUAUGAUAUUAUAUAGAUGAAGUAAGGAGAAAUUCUGUCUUGGUCACUCAUGGGAGUUAAAGAGUUAAAAUGUAUUGUUAUCUUUCUUUAGGCCAAGGUGCACUACUUGUGCAGUGGUCAUCCUCAUGUUGUAUCAGUAAUAGAUGUCUACGCUGUCAGCUUUAAAUUUCCAGGAGAAAUGAGACCUGUGUAAGUAUGCAAGAUUGGUGAUCAUGUGGAAUAAUUUGUAAUUUGAAUUCCUGUGUUAUAGUUCUGUGGUGAAGUAUCAAGAGUAAUGAUUGGAUGGUCUUGAUUGCAUAUAAAUUUUCUUUUUGGUAGUUUGCUAUUGUCAAUGAGUAAAAGAGCAUCAUCAGAAACUUAGCAUCUUUAUUUUGGUGUAAAUCCUUGUGGUAUGUAGGAUGUCUGUCACUUAAAUCUUGUUCAAUGGCCCAGUGUCCAUAAGUCUGAAUUCACUUUGCUUUAAUGAUUGUUUUUAUAGUUCUGCAUGACUUCCAUGAGAUUGUAACUAGCAGCACAUUUUAUCUUCUGUUUGACCUAUGCCAUGUUAAAGCCCUAGCUUUGGCACCUCUCAAUAUAAAAUCAAAAGAAACUGUGUAUGCUCAUCAUGUGUCAUUAAAUGAAACACACCAUGUUUUGGAAGGAAGAAGAUAUUUAUUUCCAAUGUGCUUUUCAUUGACUUAGAUAAGAUCCUUUCCCCAGUUUUGUAAUACAUAUUGAUACUGCUUGAGGAUCAGAGUCUGCAAUCUCCAGUUGUUUGAAUCAUUCAAAGCCAUUUCCGCCAAAGGAAAUGAUGGUAACAAGCUCUUCUUUGAUUAGAGAGAGCAAAAUUAAAGUCUUUGUUCUGUUUUUCUAUUUAAGUUCACUCUGUUUAUUUUAGUCCCAGGAUUUUGAUGGUUAUGGAGUUGAUGGAGGGAGGUGAACUGUUUGAGCUUGUUAGAACAAAAAGACGUUUCACUGAAAAUGAGGCUGUUAAUUUUACCAAACAGGUGAAGCUAACUCAAUUUCAGCUACUUCUAAAGAGGUGGAAUUCCUGAUCGUGUGUUCAUGUUACCUAGUUUAUAUCUUACAUUUUCUGUUGUCUUGUAAUUUUGAAAAGAUGUGAAGUCAAAAGUGAACCAAACAUAUUUUGUAUUGUUAUGAUAAAAAUUAUGAAAGGGCAAGUAUUAAGUUGAGUGUUGCCUAUUGAGGACAUGCAUGAUUGUUUUUACUUUUGUUUAGAUUGCAUUAGCAGUUUACCACUGUCAUUCAUUCAAUGUAGCGCAUAGAGAUCUAAAACCAGAGAACUUGCUUCUUCUGGACAAGACUGAGGUAAUGCUGUUGUGGGUUUACCCAACAAUUUACUUUUAAAAAAGUUGGUCUGAGAACUCUAAUCCUUAAAAAAUUACUGAUAUUGGUCUAAGGUAGUAAUCAUUUAGCAACACAUGAUUUUAUUUAACCCUUUAAAACCUAAGAGUGACCAGCAUCUAAUUUCUUCUUACAGUAAUACUGCUGAAUCAUUCAAUAAGAUCAUGAGAAUAUAGGAAAUGAUUGCUAACGUAAGAAGCUCUGAUUGUUAAACCAAUUCUCCUUGUCAGUACUGAAGAAAAUGUAUAGAGAAGAGUCUGGAGAAUAUGGACACUGAUGUUAGGGUGUAAAGGGUUUAAGAGAGUGUUUGUUUGUGGUAACUUUUGAGUAAAAGUAUUCCUACAUCCUGAAAAAUAAAUCUAAAUUGGGAAGAUGUUCUACAGCUUGAGGCUCAGUACCAAGGGUACUGUAGUGAUGAAAUCAAUAGCUGGAAGCUGUGAAAAGGAAGGACUCUCUAAGAGACUUUUUUGCCUGAAGAACAAUAUGUGUUGCUCAAAGUAGCCACUUAACAAGUGUACAUUUCCAUUUAUGCCUUUUUCUUGUGUAAGGUAGUAAAUGAGAUGUUACUCAAAGUUUAUAGUCGUGUUUUCUGUUGUUCUUUACCCAGAAAGUAGUCAUCAAGCUUGCUGAUUUUGGUUUUGCUAAGAUUGAUCGUGGAGAUCUUGUCACACCUCAGUUUACACCCUAUUAUGUUUCUCCCCAGGUAUUGCACUUAUGCUAAAUUUUAAUAUUUUUAAUACAAUUAUACAAAAAUGGUUGAAUGUAGAAUGUUAUUAAGCAAUAAGAAGGCUUCUCAUCAUUUAUUUUCUUUUAAUACCAAUGAGUGUGUCUUUCAAAACUAUAACCUUUUCAGGUUGUCUUUGGUAACACUUUUCAAAAAAAUCUUGAACCUUUAAAGAGAUGCUAGCAGGAAUUGCUAUUAGUUUGUAAAUAGUUUGUUUCACUUUAAUUGAUUACGAACAAAAUCCUUUAAAGUGGUUGUGAUUUUUACUUUCUGUAAAAAGUGAGUUUUGCAUAAAAUGAUUGUUUUUUUAGGUUCUGGAAGCACAAAGAAUUCACCGUGCUCAGAAGUCAGGGAGAUUUCCAUUUUUAUCAAAACCUUACACAUAUGACAAGGUAAUGUAUGCUGUUUCCGGACUGGAAAUCAUCCUCAACAGACACAUGAAUGAACUGAAAAAACAGAUUAUACUAUUACUAUCAUGGAUAUAUUCUGUUUUUUUAUGCUCUACAAAUACUUAUAGUCACUGUUGUGGAAAUCAUGCUACGAGUUAUUUCGUUUUAGUUGAAAGCUGAAAUAUAGCCAGUAAAAAAGAAAAUUAGCCAAUUGAAAUGUUAGGUAUUUUCAAUAUCUAUAUCACUCAUCAGCGUAAUUCUUAAAACACUGUUAUUCUGACAGCUUCUGCAAGCCUCCCCUCCUCCACCCACUGCCCCUAUAUUUCCUCGACUAACUCAGUUUCUUGCCGUUUUGUGUCUGUAGAGCUGUGACAUGUGGUCAUUAGGCGUUGUUAUCUACAUCAUGUUGUGUGGAUAUCCACCCUUUUAUUCCGAGGUACCUCGUAAGCAAUUGUCGCAGGGAAUGAGGCGUAGGAUUAUGGCUGGGGAGUAUGACUACCCCGACAAGGAGUGGUCAAAAAUUUCAUCAGAUGCAAAGGAUGUCAUUGCCAGGUAAAUACUAGGAAUUCUGUGCUUUUAGAUUGAAUUGUUCUAUUUGAGUUACUUUGAGAUCUAGACAAAAAAAUAUUGGGCUCGAGGCCGUGACGUACGAGCCGAGCGCAGCAAGGACCGUGCGUCAUGAACGAGAGCCAAAUAUUUUCCUUUCUGGCCCAACCAAACUCGGUCAAUAAGUAUUUAUCCUACGGUUACUAAAUCUUUAAGAACUUUAACAUUAUGCUUCACCCUAACUAGGAUUCAAUUACAUACGCAAGAAAGGCGCGCGUUGGAUAACUGCAGAAAAUUUCAAUUUUUCUUUUUUUUUUCGAUUAGUUUGAACAAGAAACCCAUAAUUCAUCGACACAACUCGUUUUCUCAACAGUUAGCAUUCACGUUCUCACCGAGAAAAGCAAAGCUGUGUGGGCGGGGCCGGAGGACUUUUUCUUAACCCGCCUAAUCUAACCCGUCCGGCCCUACACACGACACCUUUCGUUAUGGUUUUCAUUAUGGAGUACAUGAGCGGGCCUGUAUGGGUUAAGUACGUGAGCGGGCCUGUACGGGUUAUAUGAAAUUAAUGACCGCUUCCUAUUCCAGUCAGUCUUAUUUCUAUUUUGUUUUCUACAGCCUAUUGCGAGUUGAACCUGCUCAGAGACUGACAGUCACAGACCUGCUUGAGCACCAGUGGCUUAAUGAAGGAACUGUUUCGGAUGUUCCACUUGAUUCACCUUCAGUUAUCGUUGCAGAUGAGGUUUGUCGCCUUUACAGAGUUUGAAACUGUAAUUACUCACCCAUCGUGUUCUACCAGAUGCACGAAAUCUGGUUGGUUCCUUCACGUUAGCUAAUUAAUUAUAUCACGUGCUUGAAUUUCUAUCACGCGAUUGUUGGAGAGGGCCUGGUGAAGCCAAAUCUACCCAGGAGAAUAAAAGGGUGCCUAUGAAUUGUCAGAGCUACCUGACGAAAUGACGACGGUGGGGGAGGGGAAGUUACCUACGAUAGACUAUUGUACCAUCCAGGGAGGUGAAGCAAUAAUUUUACUCGCUUCAUGCACCGUCAACCGGACCAAGGUCUGGCUGUGUGUCUCUGGGUCUUUUGGUUAUCCUUGGCUGUUGUGAUUUUUCAGGAAGCAUUUCGGGAGGCCAUGAAUGCGCAUUCGGCUCAGCUUACGAAGAUGAGGUUACCGGACCGCACAGUGGUACUGAAGGCUGUGACGAAGGCCAAGAACCCGAUAUUGAUGAAGAGAAAGAACAUGUUUAAUCUCGGGUGAGAAUGAUCCGGCGCCCUCUGAUACUCGUGAACGUUGUGUCUCAUGCCUUCCAAGCAUUUGCUAAUAAUUUAGACAAUUGAAGCGGAAUAUGCUGAGAAUAUGCGCUUGAGGUCGUUCCCAUACAUUUCCUUUCAUUUCUCAUUGGCUCCUUUCGAUGCUAACCUUCGUUCUGGUUUGAUGUGGUGAUAACCUUUGUCCCGACUUGCAAUAAUAGUUAGUUUGGUUGCAAUUUUACAACACUCGUCGAAAGGCCUUCCAUCACUAAUAACUGAAUAAUCUUUUGUUUUUUUCUCGUUUUUUCAGUUCGCUUUUCGCCAGAAACAACGGGGCAUCCGCAUCGUCCACAGAUGUUGAUCGAACAAAAAACGAUGCUUCUAUCAAGUCCCUGAGAGACAUCAUAGCAUUCUGUAUGCUUCCUCCUCAGCCACCUGAUGGCGUUACAGGUUGGUAGAGGAAAUCUCAUUUGAAGUGAACAAACAGCUUCUUCCCCCAUGGGGGAGAGGGUGGAGAUUUGUGUCGCCGCUCGCAGCAAAACAAUUGAGAUGUUUCAUCUUAAAGUGUAUCUAGACACCACAAAAUUUUUACCACCGAUUUCUUUUGGCUCUCGCGACUGACUUCGCGUUGAAAGAAGGAAUGCUCAGUGUUUAGGUCACAACUUUUACCCUUUCACCCCCAAGAUCUGAUUGUUAAUUCUCUCCUGUCACUGUUACACAUUCCCUUGUAAAUUAGUUACGAAAAGUUAGUGUUAGAUCAAGAUAAGAACUUUUUUACCUGAUAAAUGAAUUAAGGGGUAAGUUUACAAAAAAACUGUGGUGCUGCGUCGGUGGGAUAGUAUAGCAGGGUAAUUUAGUAUUGUCAACUGAGUUGGUAACGUAAAUUGGCCACUGUAAAGAGUUUCAAAGCUGACGUUUCGAGCGUUAGCCCUUCGUCAGGGCAAAUGGAGGAAUUGUGGAUCGUGUGUGUGUGUUUAGAUGUAGAAAAUGGAGCUAAGCUAUUGAUGGGAAUAUGGAGACGAGAAAACAAGAAUGGAUUAGUUGAAUGAAAAGUGCUGGUUGAUACCGUGGGUAUCAAGAGUGCUGAUUUGAAAGAAAAAUUUUUGUUCUAGAGUUUUGCGGCUUUAGCGGUUUGGAAAGGGCUAACGCUCGAAACGUCAUCUUUGAAACUCUUUACAGCGGCCAAUUUACGUCAUCAAUUCAGUUGAUAAUACUAAAUUACCCUGUUUUACCUGCUAAGUCUGAGUAUUCUCAUUAACUGUUUGCUGGAAAAUGAAUGGAUAUUAUAGGAAGGAGUUACCUGUUAAUCACUUCUGAGAGUCGAAGGGUUGAUAGAUAGUUCACGUGUGUAUAAAGGUGCACGAGUCAUUGGAAUGUACUCUUUUCUGGCAUCAAAUGUAUAUUUUGUGUCGGUAGAACUCAUAGCGGUUGAAAAAAGGGCUACUUAGCAAGAUCCGCGUUUGCGUAUAGUUGUUGUCGCGAGGUAGAUCUUUGUUUGACAGGCUCUGCAUCACGGGAAAAAGCCUGCAAGACUUACAGGUUCGAUUGACGUUUAUGUUUUAGCUGCCAAAUGACCUUGAUCUUUCAGAACUUGUGGUGAAUUACAAAUGGUAAUAUGUGUAUUUUUUUUGUGUGUGUGUGUUCACUGCAAAGUCUGCACAUGCGUCAUAUCUUAGAGCUUUCCUCUAACUUUUAGUUUUAUUGGUACACAGAAAAUUCCGAAGGUCCAAGUCCUGAAGAAGAACUGCAAAGACUGGUUUCUCUUGCUUUAGAACAGAACCCAAAAUCCCAGCGACUCAAAGAAGCUCUCGUCAAGCAGUCUUGGGAUGGUACUGUUACUUCUGUUCAUUUGCAGACUGUUAAUGGCGAUUUCAGUUGUGAAUAUUGUUUUCUUUGUUUUAUUGCUUUUCGCAGGAGAGAAGUUCGCUGGAUCAGUGGACAGGCGCAUGCUAGCCAAAGACAUUAGUGAAAUCGUAAAGAAAAUGUGACGUGUUGGAGGAACUGCUCUCAGAGUAUAUAUAACCUCACGUAUUCAGGUACUACUGAAGUCUUUGUGAAGGCGUUGAAGGAUUUUCCGUUUUGGACCGUUGCCGAGAGCGAAUUCGACUCUCUAUACACAAAGCGGCAAAGUGAAAUGAUCCAAUCAGAACCAGCAGAAGAGCGUAGAAUGCUUUUGGCAUGAGUGGGUGGAUAUAUACACGGCCUUCGAAUGGGCGCGAAAAUUCGCGCGCAAAAUCAAGAUCCGUUUCGUUUUUGCCAGUGCGCAUGAUUGGUUGAGCCUUUUCUGGUCGAACCAGUGGCUCAAAUACAUCACCACAUAAAUUUAUAGCUUUGAAAAUUUACGAACAAUUUAAAGAAUUUUGCCUUAUUACGUUAUGUUUUACAUGGAAAUUCUCCUUCAAUUCAGUCUAGUAGUUGGUUAGGGAUCGAUCAGGUAACAGAUUCUCCUUACAAUUUAAGGUUACUUUCUUCACAUAACACAAUAUUCUUAGAACCAGCCAGAUGAGAGAAGUGCGGUCAUCAGUUGAGAGUGAAAUUAUUCAGUAAUGAUUGGAUUAGCGUCUUCAAUUAAUUUCCAUGUGAUUCUUUGUGAUCACUUAGAUGGUUUGGUCUGAAGAAAUGAAUUCCCACGCUUUGAUUUGCACUGCACUUGAGGGAUCGGAUGUUAGCUCUUCAGAAUUAGAAAGGUAGGCAGACGUGUUGAUAGCUAGAUUCCAGCUGUAACGAGGUGUGUAUUAAGCUAGACAAGGAAAGCAAGGGAAAAGAUGUCGCACACAUCGCUCUUGCGAUGGGAAAGAUCACUCUUAACAGUUUUAUUCUUUGAACUCUAGAAAAGCCAAACUUUUACCGGCCCUUCGUGAUAUUUUUCAGACAGUGGCAUCGUUUUAUAGCAUCAAUGCCGGCUUCUUCCGGGUGAUUCCUAUCAUAUCUUCUUUGAAUGAUAAUGAGUAUAUUUAUCAGACAAAGAAUUUCUGUAUACGUUAUAUAUAUGUAUACUAAAAUUAUUUUUAUCUUCCGACACAUUUGAAUAGGAAAUACCAAAAUAAAGCGCUA